ACUUCCUGCCGGAACUAAUUGAGCUCACUAAAAGCACUUUUAACGUACCAUGAUAUAUACCUAAAAUGCUCUCCAACCAGUUUCUUUUGAAAGUGCGCACGAAGCGCUGGGAAGCACAUGGAGUGACAUUCACCGUCAAGGGGCUGGCAAGCGCCUACGGACACGCAGUUAUUGUGAUAUCUCUAGCUUUUGACAGCUGGGUAGAUUUCCGUCCGGUGAUUGGAUUUUGGAUAGGGGUAGUGAGUUAAUGUUACUCGAUCCGGUGAAUUUUGAAAUUAGUUCAAAGUGAGUUGUAGUGUAAGUGAUCUAUUUAGAGGUCGUCCUAAUAGAUUACACAAAAUGAUAAUAAAUUAUGUAAGUUCUUGCGGAAGUUAAUCAUAUAUAUGUUCAACAGUUUGCUCUAAACUAGUAAGACUAGAUCAUUAUUUGUUGAUCGAAUAUAUCUUGUCUUCCGAGUACACCUUGAUAUCCGAUUGUGGAGUAAAUGUUAAGAAGUUGUUUAUUAUAAAAGUGCGGAUAAUAAAUGCUUUCAAAAGUACAUAUGCUUCACGAGAAUUCGUAAUGAUUCCUCAGUCAACAGAAAACGAUUUGUUUUUAACCCUGCUAGCAAUUAAAGAAAGAUACACAAAUGGCGUCACCUUCUAACACCAAAGCCAAUAAGGUCCAUUUAUUGUCCCACGUGAAGUACGAACAUCUUGUUGCCGGGAUAUCUGGUGGGGUAACGUCCACUCUCAUUCUUCAUCCGUUAGACUUGAUCAAGAUUCGGUUCGCUGUGAAUGAUGGAAGAACAACGGCAGCUCCAAAAUAUCGUAGUUUGACAAGUGCCUUCGUUACUAUAUUUCGACAAGAAGGACUCCGAGGACUUUAUAAAGGUGUAACACCAAAUGUAUGGGGAUCUGGGAGCGCCUGGGGAUUUUAUUUUAUGUUUUAUAAUACUAUUAAAACAUGGAUACAAGGAGGAAACACUUCAACUCCUUUAGGACCGACAUUGCAUAUGCUUGCUGCCUCUGAAGCUGGUAUAUUGACACUCAUAAUCACAAAUCCUAUUUGGGUUGUAAAAACUAGACUUUGCUUACAAUAUGAAUUGGAACCAGCCUCGUCGAUGAAUGCUUAUCGUGGAAUGACAGACGCUCUAGUGAAGAUAUAUCGCCAGGAAGGAAUAAGGGGUCUUUAUAGGGGUUUCGUUCCUGGUAUGUUUGGAGUUUCUCACGGUGCUCUACAAUUUAUGACUUAUGAGGAAAUGAAGAAUUCAUAUAAUAAUUACAGAAAGUUGCCAAUCGAUACGAAACUGGGGACGUCUGAAUAUUUAAUUUUUGCCGCCAUUUCAAAAUUGAUAGCCGCUGCAGUGACAUAUCCAUACCAAGUGAUAAGAGCGCGCUUGCAAGACCAUCACCAUACCUAUGAAGGCGCUUGGGAUUGUAUGAAAAAAACAUGGAGAUACGAACAGUGGAAGGGAUUUUACAAAGGAAUUAUUCCAAAUUUGACACGGGUUGUUCCUGCUACAAUGAUAACUUUUGUGACUUAUGAACAUGUUUCACACGAGUUGAUGGCCAUGAAAUGAGAAAACUUGAAAGGUAUGGUUGUUACAAGUAAACAUCUGAAUGCAUUUAAUUUCAUCUGUUUAAAUUAAGUACAAUUUAUAUUUCAAAACUAUAAUAAUUCCUGAGUUAUAUUGCCGAAUCGUAUUUCCUACUGUUGUGUGAAUAAAGUUGUUUAUGAAAAUAA